AUGGGGGCCGACGCCGACCUCCCCCGCGUGAGCACUGCGCCCCCGGGCGCGGCCCGCAGGGCGCUGUCCGCCCGGGGCGGCCGCGCGCGGCAGCCGCAGGAGCCGCACGGCGGCCCGCGGGGCCCCGCGGCCGCGGGGUCGCGGUGCCAUGGCGCCGAGGACCUCUCGGCCAGCCCCGCCAGUGCGCGGCUUCCCUGCGCCACUGCGGCGGGCGGAUGCCGGCCCCACUCGCAGCCCUGCCGGGCGGAGCAGCCGGCGGGGGCCCCGCGGAGGGCCGCCUCGGCGAGGAGGCGUGCGGCGCCGGGCGAGAGGGGGGGCUCGCUCAUCCCCCGAUCCAUGGGUGCCGACCUGGACCAGAUCCUCCAGGGCCUCGAGCAGCUCGACUCCGAGGUGGCGGCCAUCAAGGCGAGGCACCGGACUUUCCUGGAGGACCGGGAGCCGCACCCGAAGGGCGCGCACCCGGGCCCGCAGGGCCAGGCGGCGGGCCAGGCGGCGCAGCCACAGAGCGAGGGCCGCCGGCCGUCUGUGGGCGGGGAGAGGAAAGGGAAGCCCGGCUCGCCGCGGGCAGCCACGCAGGACGCUGACGCGUCGAGGGAGCUGGAGCCUCACCCGCCUUCCGCGAGGCGGAGGCAGCAGAAGCGGCGGGCGCUGACCCCGGCGCAGAUGCGUGCAAUGUCCAGCUUCGCGCAGAUCGACACGGGCAAGGUCCCGAGGGAGCACGUCUUCCACAGCGUGCCCGGCGCGGAGCGGCGCGUGGAGACGAGGCUGGAAUACUUCCGGCAUAGGGAGGAUCAGGUCACAAAGCGCGUCGGGGUACGCUGGCGGAUAUACACCUCACAGCUUGAGACGGGCGAGCUGGUCAUCGACGUGUUCAAGUUGCUCCGCGCGCCGCGCCUGGGACUCGGGGGCAAGGGCGUGCGCGCCUCCAGCUCGGCCAGCCAGGCAUGCAGGGAGGCACCUGGCGCUCUGGACGAGCACCCCGGCAGGGUGACGCCCCCGCAGGGCUGCCGCGCAGAGGCGGCCGAGCGCCCGGCGACGGCGCGGACUACGGCAGGGAGGGCGGCGGGGACGGACGCCGCAGGCAGGCGGCGCGACGCGCGUGCGGACUCGGUGCGCGAGCACGGGCGCCGUCUGCAGCUCGAGCGCAGGCUGCAGCAGCUCGACGACCAGCAGCACAAGGCGUCCCGCAGGGCGACCGCGGACCGCGACCGCGUGCUGCUCGGGUGGGUCGCUGCCGCGAUCGCGGCGGAGACGAUGCAGCGGUUGCGCCGCGCCUACGCGCAGAUCGCGGCGGCCAGCGGCGGCGGCGGGGAGGCGGUGGAGGUCAGAGCCUGCCCGGGCUCGCCCACGCAGAGCCACUGGCGCAGGGUGGUCAGCAGGUCGCCAGGCGGGGCCGCGCUGGCGCCCCCGCUGCAGGCGGCCCUCGCAGGCGUGCUCCGCCGGCGGCGGGAGCUGGAGCGGCGCGCGCGGCUGCGGGGGUCCGCGCAGCGUGCCUGGCGGCGCGCCGCGGCCGCGGCGCGCUUCCUGGUCGCGAUGCAGAGGCGGGCGCGCUGCGACCGGGCCGUGGAGACGAUCAAGGACUUCCUCGAGGCGGCGUGGGGGGAGAACAGGACGAUGCACGCCAUGAAGACGUACCUGAGGCGCAUCCGGAUGAUGCAGAGAUGCUUCCGGGCCGCGCUGAAGUUCAGGCAGCACGUCUGCAAGUACAUCUACCUGCCUGCGGUCUGGGAGAUGGAGACGCGCAUCCUGGGGAAGGCCCUGGGCGUCAACCACCGGGCCCUGGACGACGAGAUCGACGGCCACCGCCGGGCCCUGGACCGAGAGCUGCGCGAGCGAGAGGCGCAGGCCCUGAGCGACGCGAGGUUCCCCAAAAGCCACCGGCCGAAGCGCAGCUCGGAGUGCGGGUCCGUCGCGGGCUCAGUCGGCGGCCGCCGCGUUCGCAACCAGGCCAUCCUCAGUGCCCACGGCAGGGCCCUGGGGCACAACAAGAGGCACGGUCUCGGAGACGAUGUCGAGCAGCACCGCCUCUCUGUCGCGGAGCGGACUAUUAUCGUUAAGGGCCUGCUGCGCCAAGGGACUGCCCGCUACUGGCUGGCCCACGACGACUACGUCCUCGAGAUGCGUGAGUUCAAUAUCGAGUGGAAGCAAUGGAGGCUGGAGGCGCAAUCUCUUGGGCAAGAAUUCCGUGAUAGCUGGCCGCCAGUGCCGAUCGCGCCGGUCCCGCCCGCCGAGAUGUUGAAGCUGGACAUGCCCCCUCUGCGCGACAAGGUGCUGAGCAUGCUAAAGCUCACGAAGGGUGGGCAUCUUUUCUUGCCUGCGGCACGGUGGCGGAUAUUUGUCUUUUGUUUCAAAUGGAACCGCUCUCGUGAAAGCAUCCGGCGAGCGUUUCCCUGUAUUCGUAUUCGUGGCCGCGCGGGCUGCUUGUCUUCCUUGCUCCUGUGCUGUACAGAGGUGUGGCCGAGAACUGUCCUGAUGCAGGCUCACCUGUCCCUGUUCGUUUACCUCAUCCUCAUCGGCGCUCGCACUUGA